AUGAGGACAUUUGCAUUCCUUUUCUUGCUCGCCAAGUUUGGCUCCAGCGUAGGAGGUCUCGAGAACGUCGAAGAUCUUCUCGGUGUCUCUUUGGGUUCCUUGGAGACAUCUAACGACGUCUCCGCAUUUUUCACCCGCUUGGAGUCACAACUCUCAUUGCGGCACGCUGAGCUCGAGGGACUUCCCUCCUCCAGACGUUUGGAGCUCGCUGCUCUUCGCAGAGAACUCACCGACGAAUCGCUCGUCUCCAAGGUCGCAAAGGUUGAGCAUGACUCAAAGGUCAAGGAAGUAGAGCUUAGACACGAGGUUGACCUCUUGGUUGGAAAGAAGCUCUCCACAUUGGCUCAUCUAUUCUUGCUUCACUUGAAGGUCCACGCUCAUGUUGAGGACCUCGCCAAGAGACUAAAGGUUGCUCGUCUCGCUCUCGGCGAGAUGAACAGGAAGUUCUCUGGCUCAACCGUCAAGGUCUUCCUCGAGGCAUUGGAGGAGCAGAUCAGCUUCUACUCGAGAUCCGAUCUCCUUGGCAACCCAGAGCAUCCAGGUGUAGCCCAUGUCAACUACCUCAAGGACUUGGUUGAGAAGGCCAAGGCUAAAUUGGAAAAGGAAGAGGGGCUGGUCCUUGAACAGGUUAAGGAAGAGAAACUCUUGUCCCUGGAGCACCGCGACGCCAAGGCGGAACUCGCCAGGCUUCAACAUGCACUCUUGCACAAUGCCACCCCAGAAGAGGAGGAAGAGAUGGUACACUUGAUGAACAGAUUUAAGCCAGUUGGAGAGCCACUCGUCUUCCACUUCAACCUACCAGAGUCUCCCCUCUUGGUAGAUGUUGAGAAGUUCGUUGGCUUGGCCCAUGAGGCUAAACUCGCUGAAGAAGAAGCCAAGAAAUCUGCACUUUCUCUUGAGCUUGAUGCUGCUUUGGGCAGAUUGGAGGAACUAAAGUUGCGUUUGGAUGGAUUCGUUAUUGACAAGACCAAGUUGGAGGUCUUGGACCUCUUGCGCUGGUUGGAAUCCAACCCAGAUUUCAAGCUUUUGGACAAGUGGCCAGGUUCUGAAUACUUGGAGAACCUCCAUGCUCUCGUCCACAGGGCCGAUUAUGAGCGUCUCUUGAAGGAAAAGGAACUUGCCGUUGCCAGGGAUCACCGUGAGGCUUUGGGAAGGGAGUUGGAUGGAAUGAAGGCCAGACUCGAGGUUCUCAGAGGCAGACUCAAUGGAGAGAACUUGACAGAGAAGACCAAGAAUGAAGUCUUGGGCUUGUUGGCCAAGGUCAGGGGCAACCCAGAAUUCAGGAAUACUCCACAAUGGCCUGGACCAGGUUACCUCAACGGCUUUGAAGCUUUGCUAGCCAAGGCCGAGGAGGAGAAGGCUGCCCACCUUGAACGUCUCAGAGCUACAAAGGAAAGGAGAGACGCUGUUGGUGUGGACUUGGCCUCCCACAAUGUCUUCACACUUGAGCUCCAGCACCACCUUGAGGGAUAUUUGGAUGCUGACCUCACUGUUGACAGAGCCAACCUAAACUUGGAUGCUGUUUCUCUUGAUGAUUAG